AUGUCAGUCUCGGACGCUGACCGUGCUGCUGGGCGCACGUCUCCAUUCCCGGGUACUAGUAAACAUGGCGCUUUAUCUCCUUUGCUCUCUGCCUCACUAACGGAAGAACACAUCGCGGAAGCACUUCGACAGUCAUCCGACAAUGGCGCUACCCUUGAUCUCACACACAGGAACCUGACAGAUGUCGGUGAGGAUGGCGCAGAACACCUGGCAACCAUGGGCAGGAACGACUCCCUCGAUGACGAGAGUUCAGUACUCAGGAUCGCAUUGGGGUACAAUCGCCUUGCUACGCUCCCUACUGCAUUUGCCCUACUAUCUCGCUUGAGAUAUUUGAAUUUGCAAAACAACAGUUUCACCUCUUUUCCCGAUGUGUUGACAGUCAUGCCGUCCCUAGAGAUUCUGGACCUCAGUCGAAACAAAAUUAAAAGACUACCGGGCCAAUCAGGCUCCCUGAUCCACCUGAAGGUUUUCUGCCUGUCACGCAACAAAAUAACUCGUAUCCCGGGGUACUUUACAGACUUUCGUGAACUGGACGUCUUGAAGGUAGAUCACAAUCCCAUAGAGUGGCCGCCGAAGCAUGUCAUGGAAACGCCAGAUGGAGGAAGGGAGUGGAUAACAUUCAUGCAGAAGUGGAUGAGAAAUAAUUCUCGGUCUCGUUUGGACGUGAAACAGCCCAGCGUCGACUCGUUCCUCAGUGCAAAUGCUGCUUUGGACAACUCUAUCGAAGACCAAAUACAGUCCUGGUCACGUAUACAGGAAGAUUCAGACCCAGGUGUUACCCCUCAUGCUCGUUCCUUUUCUAUCGACGCCAACUUUUCUCCCCUUCCGGGACCUGCAAAGCCGACAUCGCCGCGUUCUGACCGGCCGCCACCUCUACGCCUGGGGAUGCUUCCUCCGUUCAAAGUGCCACCUCGAUCAGUGACUAUCGGGACCUACCUGCCCACUCCUGCCGAGUCUGUGUCUUCUACAGAUGAUGACAGUACAGCUGUGCCAGAGGGUCCACAGCAUGGCCGUAAUGCAUCAUUUGCCGGUUCAGCUCGUGAUCGACGUUCAGCACUGUUCGGAAAGAAGAGUCUGCCCGAUCUCCGUGCAGCCAACGUGAGUGAUGGUGUCAAUAAGCAGGUUAUCAGGGGGGCAAGCAAAGGAGUCCUCGCACCUGAUCUACUGUCGCAAGACGAGUUUCCCAUGCCCUCACUUCUUUCACAUCGUCAAGACUCGUCAUCAUCUUCUGACGGUUCCUCGCAUUUCCAAAGCAGAAAGGCAUAUGCUCAGACACCCCCUACAUCUGCAUCUCCAACCUCUGGCGAUGUUCCUCGGCCGGUUCCCGAAGUCGAACGCCAUGCAUACUUCAAGCGCCUCUCGGCGCUUCCCUCUACAGCCAUGAUUAACAAUCUCUCGCCCUCUCUGCGCUCCCUUGUAGAAUGUGCACGGUCGCUGUUCUUCGCUGUUUCACAGGUGUAUCAGGCACUUUCACACUACAUCACUUAUACCAACGACCGACAACUAUCCUCUGUGCUGAAGAAAGUCACCGACCCUGCGUAUACUUACAUGAUGCAGUUGAACGGUGCUCUCGAUCGGUUUGAUGCAAUUUGCAAGAAAACAACGCCGCCCCCUUCGCUCUGCCGAGCACUUGUGGAGAGUAGUAGAGAUACUGCGGCCAUGUUUGGCAAAGCUAUUGCGAUGAUGUCACUGCAGUUGAACAUCCUUGCAUCUAAAGAUGAUGACCGAUAUAUGCGGUCAUUGGUGCUUAUCUUUUACGGCGCCAUGGCUGAGAUAUCGAGUGCGUGGCAGUCGAUGGUUCCACACAUUGAAGCUAUCAAACCUCACCUUUCGGAUCGCCGACGACACCAUGUAGUGAAGCCCCAACCAGCCUCGAAUCCCAACCCCGAGCUUCCUUCUUCAGCACCACCGCCGUACUCCCCAUUCAAUGCACCGCCACCGCAUGGUGUUCCAAUCGCCAGAUCACGGCCCACACAAUCCCUUGGUAGAGCAAGAACCACGCGGCGCCAUGCUGGGUCGUUCAGUUCAAAAGACGUGGAGAUUGGUAAAUCAUUGCCAUCAUAUGACCUGCCAGUGCCAUUUGGCGCAGUGGUAAACUCCACAGCAACGACACUUCGAGCAGGACAACGUCAUCCGGCGCUACCGCUUUCAGCAUCAACAUCGAGCUUGACUCCCUCAUUGAUGAACUCUAGCAUGCCUUGGACGUCAUUGCUGUCUGGGCAACACUCCCGGCAAGCCUCCCAAACAUCAUUGACGCCAUCAGCUGCGCCUUCAUCGCCUUAUGUACCUGCCCGACGCCCGACACUCGAAAUACCUCCUUCACGGACACUUGUCGACAAAGACGCCCUCGACGCGAUGGAAGUGGCAGUGGAGGCAGCACCCGCAGUAUGGGAGAUGUUGAAAGAGAUCGUGGACAAUUUAUCCGAAGGAGCUGAAGAAUUCCGCAAUACACUGCUUAAGGCUAAAACUACCACAGAGCGCCUGCGUACUAAUAUAAACGCAAUGCGGUGCGGAGACCCAGGGGCUGACAGAAAAAGGCUCCGCGAGGACGCACACGUGUUCGUCAAGAUUGUGGUCAAAUUGUCAAAUAUGGUCAAAACGCACGGCACGUCCCACGCCGUAUUCUCAGAUCUCUUAGGCAAAAUGUUGGCAUUGACAAAUGCCACGCAGGAGUUUGUGAUGCUCCUACAUGUCUCGUCAUUCUCGCCAUCGACGCCACGACCAUAUUGUCCCAUGACUGCUAUCUUGGCGCCAUCCGCAGUCGGAUUGAUCGCCGAGGAUGGGCGGCUAGGUGCAAAUUUAUCCAGGAGCCGCAGUUCCACGCAGCCGAAGACAUUAAAACUAUUUGGUCACAUAGCAGCCCCUCGGAGCGCUCUUCCAAACCAGUCCUUCAAUAUACCUCGUAUGCGGGACACGAGUGAUGAAGGCUGA